GGAGCGGCGCCCGCUGAAGAGGGCCAAGAUGGCAGCGACGGCGGCCUCGCUUCGCCGGGCGGUGCUGGGCCCGGGGGGCGCGGGGCUGCCUGGGGCGCGGGCCCGGGGGCUGCUGUGCGGCGCGCGGCCCGGGCAGCUCCCUCUGCGGACGCCUCAGGCAGUGUCCUUGUCGUCGAAGUCCGGUCUGUCCCGGGGCCGGAAAGUGAUGCUGUCAGCGCUGGGCAUGCUGGCGGCAGGGGGUGCAGGGCUGGCUGUGGCUCUGCAUUCUGCCGUGAGUGCCAGUGACCUGGAGCUGCACCCCCCCAGCUAUCCGUGGUCUCACCGUGGCCUCCUCUCAUCCCUGGAUCACACCAGCAUCCGGAGAGGUUUCCAAGUAUAUAAGCAGGUGUGCUCCUCCUGCCACAGCAUGGACUACGUGGCUUACCGCCACCUGGUCGGUGUGUGCUACACAGAGGAUGAAGCUAAAGCGCUGGCCGAGGAGGUGGAGGUUCAGGACGGCCCCAAUGAGGAUGGGGAGAUGUUCAUGCGGCCAGGGAAGCUGUCUGACUACUUCCCAAAACCAUACCCCAACCCUGAGGCUGCUCGAGCAGCGAACAAUGGAGCACUGCCCCCUGACCUCAGCUACAUCAUCCGAGCUAGGCACGGUGGUGAAGACUAUGUCUUCUCCCUGCUCACCGGCUACUGUGAGCCACCCACUGGGGUGUCGCUGCGAGAAGGCCUUUACUUCAACCCCUACUUUCCUGGCCAAGCCAUUGGUAUGGCUCCUCCGAUCUACAACGAGGUCUUGGAGUUUGAUGAUGGCACCCCAGCUACCAUGUCCCAGGUAGCCAAGGAUGUGUGUACCUUCCUACGCUGGGCGUCUGAGCCAGAGCACGACCAUCGCAAACGCAUGGGGCUCAAGAUGUUGAUGAUGAUGGGCUUGCUGUUGCCCCUGGUCUAUGCCAUGAAGCGGCAUAAGUGGUCAGUCCUGAAGAGCCGGAAGCUGGCAUAUCGACCGCCCAAGUGACCCUGCCCGAUGUCUGCUUGUCCCCCUGCCUGAAUGGGUCCUCAAGCCAAGGGGCUGUCCUGGGCCUGUUCAGGCCUCAGCUGGCCUUCUCAGCCAAGUCCCUCUUCCUCUGGGACAAGAGGGGAGGGCGCAGGAGGCUGGGCUCUAGGUCCAGAUCCUUCAGCCCCCAUUGUGGAAAUAAAUUAAGUUUCUCAACACUCA